CAUUGGCUGCGGAAGGCUCACUCAGACUGCAGAGAGUGGGAGAGACGUGUGCACAGCAUUUUCGCAGGCAUUCUGCAGGGUGGACCUGCGAAUGAGAGUGGUGGCGGAGGUGCCAAGCCCUGCUGGUCUUAGACAAAGCAGCCCAACGUACGAGGGCUUGCUCUGAUCAAAGACUUGGCACCGCAAAAUCAGCUCCACAUGCUGAUCAAUCUGUGAGGAAAAGCACAGCUGGCCCCGCCACAGCUUCUGGAUGACCAUACAGCGCUGCUUGCUUGGCCCAAUUGCUCUUGCAGCACAGACGAGGAGCAGGUCCCCUGGGGAACAGGCUCAACUCUGAGCUCUGAUCGAAACUGACCUUGCCUGCCUUCAUUUGUCGCCAGCCUGCUCACUUGCCCCCCAAGCUGGGGAGGUCCCAAUGAGGCUGCAGGUCACCAAGGCGGCGGCACCUCAUGCGGAGGGCCUCACGGGGGUGGCCUGGACGGCGGGGAAUGACGUGUGGGCGUGCAGCGAGGACCAGGCCCUCUGGCGCUGGCCAGCGGAAGGGAACCCGCCCAGCAAGGUAUGUGAGCUGGAUGCCCCCUGCUCCUCGCUGCACUGGUACCCCUGCGCCUCUCGCAAGCCUCAGCCAGGCGCCACCACCGAUGUCUUCCUGCUGGCCGCGGACGAUGGCACAUUCCGGCUGAUGCGGGCAAACGGGCGGGAGGAGAAACGAGUGGACGCGCAUGCGGGCCCGCUAACCGCCAUCCAAUGGAACCAGGAAGGGACUGCUGUGGCCACGGGGGGCCAGGACGGGGCGCUCAAGAUCUGGUCUCGCAGCGGCAUGCUGCGCUCCGUCCUAGCGCAAAUCGAUGGCCCGGUGCUGUGCCUGGCGUGGAGCCCUGAUGCGGCCGCGCUGGUGUACCCGCGUGGGGGGCUGCUGCUGGUGGCGCCCCUGGCCGCGGGGGCCAGGCCUCUACAGUGGAGAGCCCACGACGCGCCCAUUCUGGCAGUGGACUGGAGCCCUGCCGCUGACAAGAUUGCGUCAGGAGGGGAAGACGCCAUCUACAAGGUGUGGGACACGGACGGGCGGCCGCUGUUCCAGAGUGCACCGCUGCCCAGCGCCUGCACCGCCCUCGCCUGGGCGCCGGGGGGCUGCCACCUGGCCGUUGCUACACGCGGUGCGGUGUACCUGUGCGAGAGCAGCGGCGUGUUUGCAUCGCACUACUCGUUCGAGGGCAGCAUGGUGCGAAGUGUAGCUUGGAGCUGCGACGGAUCGCGGCUGGCGGUCGGUGGAGCGGGCGGGCUCCUGGCGGUGGGCCACAUGGUGAAGCGGAGGGUGGAGUGGGGCAGCCACAGCGCGCUGCUGGCAGAGCCCGCGCGCAUACGGGUCCAGGAGGUGGGCAGCGCGGCGCAGGAGGAGCUGGAGGUGCGCGAGGCGGUGGUGGCCAUGAGCUUCGCGUACGACCACCUCCUGGUGGCCACCGCGCAUCAGGUGGCCAUUUACGGCGUGGCGUCGUGGAACACGCCGGUGGUGGUGGAGGUGGCGGACACGCCGCUGCUGCUGCUGCAGGCGGAGCGCCUCUUCCUGCUCGCCGACCCCUCCGCCGGCGUGCAGCUGCUCUCCUACACCGGCCGCACGCUCGCCACCCCCAAGUGGCAAGGCCUGCGGCCCGAGGCGCUGACGGGCGCCAACUGCAGCUUGAGCAACGACACUCUGGCCGUGGUCGACCGGCUGGACCCGCGCUGCGUGCGCUGCCUCUCCACCGCCACGGGCCAACCGGUCGGGGAGCCGCUGCGGCACAGCCAGGACGUGCUGCACGUCGCGCUCAGCCAGGGCGGGACGCCCGCGGAGCGGCGCCUAGCGCUCAUCGACAGAAACCGCGACCUCUACUGCACCGCACUCCAGUCGCCUGCGCUGGGCCGGCUGGGCGCCGCGGUGGAGGGCCUGGCGUGGCACGCGGCCGCGGACGUGCUGCUGGGCCUCGCCGGCGGCCGCGUGCUGCAGUGGGCCGCGCCCGGGGUGCUGGCCGCCGACCCGAGCCUGCUCCCCGCCACCACCGCCAGCCUCGACGUCAGCCAGCACGGCCCCCGCCUGGAGCUAGUGGCCUACGGCGAGCCUGCUGCCACGCUGCGUACCCCCCGCGGCACCCUGGUGCACGUGGCCGUGUCCCCGUACCCGCUCGCGCUCGCCCAAGCCGCCGCCGCAGGCCGGUGGGAGGCCGCCACCCGGCUGUGCCGCUGCGUGGCCGACGACGGCCUCUGGGCAGCACUGGCCGCACGGGCCCUGGCCGCACGGGAGACCGCCACCGCAGAGGCGGCCUACGCAGCACUGGGACAGGUGGCCAUGGUGGACGCGCUGGCGUACAUACGCGCGCUGCCGCGCGAAGAGGCACGCGCAGCACAGCUGGCGGUCUUGCAAGGAAGGAUAGAAGAGGCGGAAGGCAUCCUUCUCCAAGCGGGACUUGUAUAUCGAGCCAUCAAAAUCCACAUCCGUGCCAAGAACUGGGACAGGGCGCUGGAAGUAGCUGUCAAGCAGAAGAGCCAUGUGGACACUGUACUCUGGUAUCGAGGAGCCGAACUGGCAGUGACCGGACGAGAAGAGACACAUGCGCUCUUUCUGCAAUUUUCACAGCAGGUGGAGAUCAACGAAGAGCAGAUUCGAUUGAAGAUAUGCCAAGAGAAAGAGAGGGAGAGUCAAGGGAGUAUGUCAACGGCCAAACGCCGGUAAUCCAUGUCGAGUGCCCCAGUAUGAGUAUCAGUAUUGCGAAUAGGCCGAUGUUACCUGCUCCAAUCGAAGCUAACUAAAGCUGAUAUAAAUAUAUGAUCAGAAUCAUUGUUUGAAAUUUUG